AUGAAGUUUAUAUCUGUAAUAAUAUUUGUGUCAAUUAAAUUAGCAUUUAGCACCAGCUCGAUUUUGUUUGGGCCGGGAUAUCCAAGUAAAUUUGCCUGCGUCUCAGACUCGUACGCACUUGAGGCUGCACUCUAUAAGUUACCUAAGGAGUAUAUCGACAAAUUUGAGAAAAUUUCACUUGAUGUUUCUAGAGUUGUGGAGCCCCCAGAGGAAAUUGGAAUUGAUAGAGAAUUAGUAGAAAGCGCACUAACAAUAUUCGACGAAAGCAAGACUCUUAGAAAUGGAAUGGUUUACACGUCAAUUGAGUUUAAACUUCAGGAACACCUCGCAAGGGACUACGUCUCAGCACAAAUGGUUCUCGCUUCACUCAACAGUUUGAAGACUAUCACGUACGUUAGGAACGUUCUCAAUGCCUUCGCAAAGGCUAACAUAACCAAAUACACUGGCAAAGUGACCGACGAGGCAAAGUACGGACUCUGUUCAUCGUUCGUCUAUAGCGACGUUGCCCAACUUUUGGAAGAAUACAAAGUCAAGGAGCUCCAGAAAGUAAAGAUGGAAAACAAGAGAAUUACGCAUAACAUCAGUCAACUUGGAAGAGUCAAGAGCACUGGGAACCUUUGGCUACUAACAGGAAAAGCCAAUGUUAGCUAUAUCAACAUGCUGUUCUUAAUCAUGUCAUUCAUUACCAUUUCUGUAGUUUAA